ACAUUAUAAAAAUGCUUAAUGAGUGGAUGACUCGAGAUCUUUUUUAAAUAUUAUAUAUAAUACUCACGCAUUGUCUCUGUCAGCAAUUUUCUGCCACGCUAGCUCACGUUCUUUUGCUGUUGAGACUGUAUUGCUUUUAAAAAUGUUUGUUUGUUUAUAUAUAUACUGUCAACUCUGAGUUUGACAGCUAAGUCGGUCAACCCAGAGUUGUGGUUUCAACUCAAAAGUAUGUUAACCCGGCUUUCUGAAAUCUCGCCCCCCCUUUCCAGAAAACGUCUCCCAAAGAAAACAACGACCUGCAUCAAACAGAACAGUGAACGAGGACCUGUUUUUUAACCUACGUACAUUGUUAUGAAGUGUCUCUAAAUUGGUUGUAAGCAUCAGUGGGAAAAUAUUUUUGAACGGUCAUCUAAUUCGAAAGUUUGGCGAAUAUUCGACUAUCUGACCUGAAGUUUACCGACAUCAUAUUUUUUUUUGUAUUCCCCAUAGUCAUGAAAAUUUCAGUUUCUAAAUUAAAACAUGAUUUGGUAAAUCCGAAUGAAUCAAGAUACAACCCGUAUUUCCAGUGCCAUAGCCUCCAGACUAAACGUGUAAUGUUGAGCCAGUAAAUUAUUUCAAAUCAUGUGAAUGAUCAACAUUAAUGUCGGCCAUUAGAUUUGUAGUGUUGCGACAGAGACGGAGAACUCUGAGGACAUGAAUGUAGAAAAUAAUAAUACGGCAGAAACAGUGAGGGAGCAAACGGAUCACGGCAACAACAUCAUCACAAUUCAAACCACCCUCGGAGAUGAAGAUGAAGAUGUUCACAAGUGCGGACGUUGCCAGUCCGAGUUUUGUACGCUGGAGGCUUUCAUUCAGCACAAGCUCCACCAGAACUGCACUCGGUCACGAGAGCCCCAGAUGUCUUGCCAGAAACCUCAGGAUAAAAAUCAAGAGGCUUCUGAACCAGACGCAACCUCUGGUAUCCUGGUAAGAAUUGAUGGAAGUGGAUUGUCUUCAGAUGAGCCAGAGACAUCCAACACUAAUGAUGAGGUAGAAGCUGAAGGCCAGUCCUCUCGGGGGCGCAGGAAAAGAGGUGGUGGAGGGAAGGCUGCUGGUCACACAGAGGGCACUGAUGACCACAGCCCUGACGAUUCAGACAAGCCAGUUUAUAUGGUCAACAAAGAUGGACGUUACAUUUGCCAGAUAUGUGAGAAGACAUUUAAAACCACAAACAUCCUAAGAACUCAUAUGAUCACCCACAGUGAGAAUAAGAAUUUCCCCUGUGAGCUAUGUGGGAGUGCAUUCCGCACCAAAGGCUCCCUGAUUCGCCACAACCGCCGUCACACAGAUGAGCGUCCAUACCGCUGUAACCUUUGUGGGCUCUCCUUCAGGGAGUCUGGGGCUCUUACCCGACAUCUUAAGUCAAUCACUCCCUGCACUGAGAAGAUCCGCUUCAACCAGUACAAGGAGAUCCUUGUCAGCAAGGACGGGCAGCAGAAAGGUGUGGAGGCAGAGGCAGCCUUAUUGGCUGCUCAGCAGGAAGAGGAGGAGGAGGAGCAGCAGCAGCAGGAAGAAUCACAGAUGGUCAGUGUGGUGGAGACUGACAGCGGAGGACAGGAAGUCAUCCAUGAGGUCCACUUCCACAUGGAGGUGGAAGGAGAAGGGCAGGACCAGCAGGUUUUAUUAGAACAGCCUCAGACUGGAGCCUUUUUGGCCGAGGGGGACAACCUCAUCUGCCAGGCUAUCAUCAACUCUGGCAUUGCCCUUGAGACGGUCACUGAGACAGAGGAGGAGGCAGUGGAGGAGGAGCAGGUAGAGGAUGAGGCGGCAGAGGAUCAGGCACUGGAUGGAACACCUAAAGAGGUCCUUCAGGUCACGGACGUGGAGGGCAGAAUGACAGAGAUUCAGGUGAUGGAGGAAUGUGUGGAGAUGGAGACAGAGGCUGUGGAGAUGGUGGACAUGUCUGACAAGGAGGAGGAGACCCUUCCCCAACCCAAAAUGCACAAGUGUCCUCAUUGUAGUCGCUCCUUUAAGGCCCUUAACUACCUCCGCUUUCAUGUCAAAGGUCACCUUGGCUAUAAGCCCUUCAAGUGUGUGAUGUGUCAGAAGGAGUUCCUCACAGGCUACCUGUUGAAGAAGCACAUGGAGGUCCACUUGAGUGAGAGGAGAUAUAAAUGUGGCGAAUGCGGAAAACUCUACAAGACCAUUGGACACGUUCGUGAACACAUGAGAGCCCACUCCGAGGACAGGCCGUUCCACUGCCACAGCUGUGAUAAGGGAUACAAGACCAAGAAUGCCUUACAGGUACACCAACGGACCCAUGCCCAGGAGAAGCCGUACGUGUGCCAGUUCUGCUCACGGGGAUUUAGGGAGAAGGGCUCACUAGUGCGCCACAUCCGCCAUCACACUGGAGAGAAGCCUUUCAAAUGCCACAAGUGUGGGCGGGGCUUUGCUGAGCAUGGAACCCUCAACCGCCACCUACGUGCCAAAGGGGGCUGUUUUGCAGGUCAGAAGGAGGGUUCCAGUGACGGUGAAGGGCUGGUCACAGAGGAGCAGUCGACUACAGACAACCUGGCUGCGGCAGCCAUUAUGUCAGAUGACCCACACGCUGUGCUGGUGGAGUUUUCGUCUGUGGUGGCUGACACCCAGGAGUACAUCAUCCGGGCCCCAGGAGAGGAGGGAGAGCAGGACGAGGAGGUGACUCUCAUCCAAGAUACCCAGAAUCAGAUGGGCAACCACAUCAUGAAGGUGGUACAGCAGAUCGUCAACCAAUCACGUGGUGGUGUUGGUGGCCACCAGAUCAUUGUGCACAACAUCUCCACGGAGGAGGGUGCGUCCAUCUCCGACUGCGGUGACACCAUCACCAUAGCAACGCCCGAGAACCUCACUGCGCAGGUCGCCAUGACGCUAGCCUCAGCCAUCAGUGACGGAACCCUGUUGGCAGGAGGUGGUGCCCUAGAGACACCCGAUGGCACAGUCACCAUGGUAACAACAUCGUCUGGCAGCGAGGGCCUAGUGGAGGUGCUGGAGCAGCAGCAGGAUGAGGAGUUUGUGAUCACUUCACCGGAGGAGGUGGAGAUUCAAACUGUCAUCAUAUGAGGACUUUGUGUAAUGAGGACAGAAUGUUUUAUGAAGGGUUUCUUAUAAGAACUCAGGACUUUAAAUGAGAACAUUGGUAUGAGCGGUCGUGUUAGGUCUGCUUUUUCUGUUCUGUCUGUUUUUGAAUAAGGACAAAGUGCUGCAUUUUUGUGAAGACCAUGGACACAUUGUGCAUGAUGUCUGUCAUUGUAUAAGGUCAAAAGAUUCCUUUUGUAUAAAGUUUGACAUUUUAUUGUACAGAG